AUGAGUGCUGACUCGGAAGCCACCCCUACUCAGGUCAAUCAGCCGACCGUAAAGGAAGAGGGUGCAAAUAUGCCGGCUAGUGAGGUCAAAACCGAACUGGAUGGUUCGUUCGAGAGCCAAGCUUCACUUUAUAGUGAGAGAUCAAAAAGAAGGCGUUAUAAAGCUAAAAGGGACAAGGAAGAGGGUGCAAAUAUGCCGGCUACUGAGGUCAAAACCGAACUGGAUGGUUCAUUCGAGAGCCAAGCUUCACUUUAUAGUGAGAGAUCAAAAAGGAGGCGUUAUAAAGCUAAAAGGGACAAGCCAUUUCUUGACCUUGCUACAAAAGAACGACAGCAGUAUGAGGUGGAACUCAAAGCGUAUGAGAAGACGGACCAUUACAGAGAAUUCAUGGUGACUCUUCUAGAAAAGAAAGAGCGGAUACUGAGACUACGAAAACAACGGCGAAAGUUGGGUGUUGACACAAAAGAGGAGUUUGAUGAAUCCUUGGAGCUAGAAGAUUCGCUGCUGGAAGACUCGAAAAAGAGUGUUAAAACUACACCCAAGGAGAAGAGAGCCCCAGUUGAGACUGUAGCGGCAGUGGUACCAACAGUCCCGAACUCGAACAUAUCGAUAUUCAGUUCAGAAUUUCUUGAGUAUAACAAAAACAGAGAAUCUCAGCUACGAUCAAUCCGUCGAGAAAUUGGCGUCGCUGAAGCUGAAAGGGAGGCUAUGCAACGAACAAUUGAGAAAAUGCAGGCCAACAAUGCUGUGCUUGAGUCGCAAGCUGCUCAUGACAAGAAGAUGGCCAAGGAGGCUGAUCGUAUCAUAGAAUGCUGGAUGCGAGUCUUACGAAGCGCUAUGAGCGAAACAAUGAGAGAAUACAACCUUCAAACCCCUGAGGAAACUGUUGCGUUUCUCACUAAACUUGCGAAUGGCGAUGCUCCUAACGAAGACGUAUUGCAAGCUGUGAAGGAAGUCAUACAAAGUGCCUCGUUCUUGCUUCCGAAAUAA